AUGGCGCACGUAGAUUACGUCCUUUUCGAGGCCGCCCUGGGCUAUGCCCUCUUCAAUGUGGUGCACCAGGCCGAUGCCGUUGGCGCCAAGUUGAAGGAGGUGCAAACCGCCGUCAACGAGCUGCCCAAGUUCAGCAAAAUGGUCAAUCUCGUCAACUUCACUCCUUUCAGCGGCCACGUCGAGGCUCUCGAGAACGUCAACCUGAUUUCUGAGGGUAUCGUUUCCGACCAGCUCAAGUCGGUCCUUGAGCUCAAUCUCCCCCAGACGAGCGGCAAGAAAAGCAAGAUCACCCUUGGUGUGGCGGAGAAGAACCUUGGUGGUGCCAUCAAGGCUCAGUUCCCCGGCCUCUCCAUCGAGACGAUCGAAACCUCAGUGGUUGUUGCCGAACUUAUCCGUGGAAUUCGUCUGCACGCCGAGAAGCUGCUCAAGGGCCUCCAGACUGGUGAUCUCACCAAGGCCUCGCUCGGUCUGGCCCACGCGUACUCUCGUGCCAAGGUCAAGUUCAACGUUACUCGCAACGACAACCACAUCAUCCAGGCUAUCGCCACCGUCGACUUCCAGGACAAGGGUGUCAACGGCUUCUUCAUGCGCCUUCGUGAAUGGUAUGGCUCGCACUUCCCUGAGCUCCAGAGAUUUACCUCAGACAACUACACCUACGCUCAGCUUGUCGGUGUUAUUGGAAACCGAAAGCUGCUCUCCGACGAGAAGCUCCACGACAUCGCCGCUGUCCUUGGUGAAGAUGGAGAAAAGGCCCAGGCUAUCAUUGAUGCCGCCAAGGUGUCUAUGGGUUAUGACCUUACCCCCAACGAUUUUGAGAUCAUCGAUCAACUCUCUCAGCUCGUCCUCAAGCAAGCCGAUAACCGCCGAUCAACCUCCAAGUAUCUUGAUGAGAAGUUGAACCAGGUCGCCCCCAACCUAAAGGCCCUGCUUGGAUCAAGCGUUGCUGCUCGUCUCAUUUCCCAUGCCGGUUCUCUCACCAACUUGGCUAAGCUCCCCUCCUCAACUCUGCAGAUUCUGGGUGCUGAGAAGGCUCUUUUCCGUGCGCUCAAGACCAAGGGCAACACUCCCAAGUUUGGUCUUCUGUUCCACGCUGGUGCCAUUGCCAAGGCUAGCAAGCAGAACAAGGGCCGCAUGUCUCGAUGCGUGGCCAACAAGGCUUCUAUGGCUUCUCGUAUCGACGUCUUCUCUGAUGAGCCCUCUACCCGAUUUGGUGACGCUUUCAAGGCGCAGGUAGAUGAGCGUCUCGAGUUCUACGCCACCGGCAAGCGCCCCACCAAAAACGCAGAUGUAAUUAAAUCUGUCAUGGAGUCUAUCGGCGAUGCCGAAUUGGAGCUUGAUGAGGACAUGGUUGAUGCCCCUGAGGUUGCCGCCAAGAAGGAGAAGAAGGAGAAGAAAGACAAGAAAGACAAGAAGAAGGACAAGAAGGAGAAGAAGCGCAAGCGCGAUGAGGAUGAGGAUGUUCCCAUGACCAACGCUGAUGACGACAAGAAGGAAAAGAAGAAGAAGAAGAAGUCCAAGUCAAAGGAUGACCGAACCAGAGGAAAGAGCGACAAGAAGCUCGGCAAGAAAGAAACGUCGAGCGCCGUGUCUGAUCUAGCUACGUCGCAAGCCAGCGGAACUCUUGCUGAUCCUACCCAGGACUCUUUGGUGAUGGCUGAGGAAGCUGAAACCUCUCAGCCAAAGCCCAAGAAGCUCAAGACCAAGAAGGCAAAGAAAAGCAAGGCUCCAAAGGCUGAGUAG